UUACUUGUGUUAAAGAUUCUGCGGGAUACUACAGAGGCGUCUACAGCGCUUCUAUUAAAACGAUAGAAAACAGAUAUUUAUCUCUAUAUAAAUAGAAGUAUUUUAUUACUAACAACAUCCGGAGUGGCCGUGACACGCGUCUGUGCGCGUGUGCUGGACUGAUAAAGGGAAACACAUUUGCGAUGUCAUUUAUAUUUGACUGGCUCUACAGAGGGUUUAGUGGAGUACUGCAGUUUUUAGGUUUAUAUAAGAAAUCUGGUAAGUUGGUUUUCCUUGGUUUGGACAACGCUGGAAAAACGACUCUUCUGCACAUGCUGAAAGACGACCGAUUAGGACAACACGUGCCGACGUUGCAUCCCACGUCGGAAGAGUUGACCAUCGCUGGAAUGACGUUCACAACCUUUGAUCUGGGUGGUCACGUACAAGCGCGGAGAGUGUGGAAGAACUACCUUCCUGCCAUCAACGGCGUGGUCUUCCUCGUGGAUUGUGCCGAUCACGAGCGUCUGGUGGAAUCGAAGGUGGAGCUUGAUGCAUUGCUGUCAGAUGAGACCAUCUCCAGUGUGCCGGUGCUGGUGUUGGGGAAUAAGAUCGACCGUCCGGAGGCCGUGAGUGAGAUGAGACUACGAGAGGCGUUCUCUCUGGAUGGACAGACCACGGGGAAGGGUAACGUGUCCUUAAAGGAGCUGAACGUCCGGCCGCUGGAGGUGUUCAUGUGCAGCGUUCUGAAGAAACAGGGUUAUGGAGAAGGUUUCCGAUGGCUCUCGCAAUAUAUCGACUGAUUAUAGACACGGAUCGAAUCUCUCCUCACAGAUCCAUCAUGAAUCGAUUCUGUGUAACAUUGUGGCGGAAUUACUGUAACUAGGAGACGGCGACUAUGAGCGGUUCAUUCUAAAUAGAAUUCUGCGUUUAAAACGUGUCAUUCCGAGUUCUAUGAUGAUGUCAUCCCUUAGUUACAGUAAUUCCGGCAGUUAUUUCUGUCCUCAGUGAUCAUCAGCCCCUGAAAGCAAUAAUAGAUUGUUCCUGUCGUACUAAUUUGUUAAUUUCUUCAUCUUCUGUAGGAAAGUUCUGCAUUAUAACAUCAGAUGAUGGAGAUGUACAGUGUAUCAACUGCUGUAGAUAAUGUUUAUGUCUGUGGAUGUAAUCGUAUGUUGUUUAUCUUGCAUUAAUGUUCUGUUCCUGUUGGUGUUUUUUGAUUAUCAUAUAACUGGUCUGAUAUGAGAACACCUACAGAGAUAUACAUUUCUGUGUUUCCUAUAUAACACAGAUGUAAAUAUUGUAUACGGAAUAUAAGUGUGUUUUUAUUGUGAUUUAAGUGUACAGAAAUCAACAAUACCAGACUGUGAAAACAAACAUUUUGAAGAAGUUUCACUUUGCAUCUUUUGUGGUUCACCCUAGAAUAAAAAGUCAUCGUUU